UGUUAUCGGAUGUGUUACACCAUUAUCUGGCGUGUUUGUGCCAAUAUUUAAUGUUUGAGCAUGAUAAACUACGACCAAACAAGUGUUUCAAUUGACACUGGAUCUCGAUCAACUGUUGCCAACUUAUCUAAAUAUGGGAACAAUAAUGGUUUGUGUGGAAACACAUCAGAAAGAAAUGGGAAAAUAUCAGAUCACUGUAUGGAUGGGACUUCUAUGAGUGACCUAAUGGUAGAAGAUGGUGGUCAUGAGAAAGGUGUUAUUCAUCAUACUAUCAUGCCAGAAGAUGAUAAGGUGUUUAUGACAUUUUCUCCAUCUGUGGAUGUCUGUAUGCCCCAAGAGAAUGAUAUUGAUGGUGCUACUCUCACUUUUACCAGCACCGACAACCACAUGAAGAAAGAAAUCAAGAGAUUUAAGUGCCUCUACACCGGUUGCAAGCGUGUUUACACCACAGCUGGCAACUUGAAGUCACAUCAGAAGACACAUAGAGGUGAAUACUACUUCAUCUGUGAUCAGGAUGGUUGUGGGAAAGCGUUUCUUACUAGCUACAGUUUAAAAGUCCACGUACGUGUUCAUACGAAGGAACGACCUUACCGAUGUAGUGACCAAGAUUGUGAAAAGUCAUUUAACACAUUAUACAGGUUAAAGGCUCACCAGAGAAUCCACAACGGGAAAACUUUCAACUGUAGUUCGGAAGGCUGCACAAAAUUCUUUACUACACUAAGUGAUUUGAAAAAACAUUACCGAACCCACACAGGGGAGAGACCAUUCAAAUGUAACAUUCCAGAAUGUUCCAAAUCUUUCACAGUGAGCCACCACCUAAAGUCACAUAUACGAACACACACAGGUGAAAAGCCAUUUGUCUGUGAGGAAGGAGGAUGUACGAAAGCAUAUGCAGCACAACACAGCUUGAAGCAACAUAAGUCAAAAGAUCAUUCCAAUAAUGAUAUGAUAGCUCCAACACAACAAGUUAAUUUUGACUUGGAUAAAGCAGCUGAGAUGUUGCUUGGUGCAGCAGAUUCACUCAGUCAAGCUGAUCUUGUAGGUGACAUAUUAGCAUCAUCAUCAAACCAGUUAAGCUGCAGCCAGCCACCAACACAACAUAACGCUCCAGUUGAAAAUUACCAAAACCCUGUAGUCAAUAAUCACCAUCAACCAAGAGACCUAUGCUGUCAUCAACCAUCUAAUGAUCAACAUAAGGAAGAGAACGAAAACUUGGAACAAGAAGAAAUUUCCACUCUAACUCAAGCUGCAAUGAAAGUGCUAUCAGAAAACAAGUUCCAGGGUGUUCCUAUAGUCAUCAUUAAAAAAGAAACACGAGAAGUUUGUCACUGUCCUUGUAAAGCUGACGGCGGUACCGCAAGCGUGCCCGAAACCUCUUCCAGGGUUAUAGUAGUUGAUAAUGUUAGUAAUAUACCUGACCAACAGACUCUUAACCCUGACAUGAAUGAGGUGCAGAGUCAUUACACCAUGCCAGGCUCAUCCAUGCAAGAGACUUAUUACAACCCUGCCGCGCAACCUGUCAACAACUUCCAAAUGUCGGACUUAACAGUUGAACAAGCCACGAACCCCUAUCCCUACAAAGUACACAAGGAGCAUGAAACGGCUGAAAGUGUCUUCAGAGAUUCUAACGAUGCAAUGAUGGAAAUGUUUGAAUCCCUACCUGACAUGCAGAAGAAACCUUGUUGUGAUAACAACAACUCCCUCCAGUGCGUAACACUUGGUUGUGGUAACACGGUGAACCUGGAACAACAUCCCAACUUCUCUGCUUCCAAAUUUCCUGCCACUUCAGCCAGUUAAACAGCAACAGCAUUAUUUCCAAACAUUUUCACUUUCCUUAUAAAUGGCAAUAAAGUACCAAACACAUUCUUCUUCUUUUCUUGUUUUUCUUUACUUUAACCAAUCUCUUGUUCUUUUGAAAAUUUACAAAUACCAUGAUAAUAGAACCACCUGCAACUUCAAGGUAUCACUUCCUCCCUCCCUCUCGUACGACCUAAAGCUUUGUCUUCCAGGACAAGAUACUUAUUCUUCAUAACCUGAAGUAGAAUACCUCCGUUAAGAGGUGAACAUGUAGUAGAAUUUUCUUGCACUUUAUCAUACCAAUUAAAGUGCCUCUACUGUAACCUCUUAUAGAUGAAGUUAAAAACAAAUAUUUCACAUUCUUACAAAUAUUUUUCACAAAACUUGGUGCUAUAGAAAUAUUGAAAUAAUUUCACAGCUUUUGUCAGUAUCGUUUUCGUAUCACAACAGCUGUAGGAUUUAUUCAGAAAUUUUAAUUUUUUUCGCAAAUUCGUUAACAAAAAAUCCUAUUUAUCUAAACAAAGCUUUUCACAGCAAUUUUAUUUAUAACACGAAAAUAAUACUAUCUAAGGUAUUUUGAUACUACCACAUAUCACACCGCAUUCUAAACAACAGCUUUCAUCAUCAAACAGAGCUGAAAUUUCUUAAAUCAUUUAAAAUUAUGUUGAUACUGUUCAUGUGCCAUUUUCCAUAUUUUCACGCUAGAACACCAUGUGUUUAAUCUAUACACGGUUCGUUGUUUGCCUCCUCCAUUUUUUCACAUACUAAAUUAGACUUCUAUCCAAUUGUUACACAACUUUUGACCAACAAAUGUUAAUAAUCUAGAUCAAAUUUUUGAAAAUUAGCUGAUACCAAUCAAAUGUUUGAAAAUUAGCUGAUACUAAUUGUUUAGAAAAACAUUGCGUAUUGUGUUGCUUUAAUACUAUUGAAAAGUGAGAAUUUGAAUUUGUGUAAUGCACCAAAAUAAUUAUUGGUUUUCAACGCCCCAUUUUUAUCAAAAUUUAUUAUAAAAUUAUUUUCGUUUUCACUCUUAUUUUACAGGUACAUCGACUGUGGAAGUAAAGACUUAUAUAAACAAUUAAUGCACAUUUUCUGUUCUUUUGUAAAACUAUGGAUAUGCCUACAUCCAAAUUUUCAUGAACAUAACCUGUUCAACUUUAUUACACCUUUGAGUUCCAUAUUUUACAUUUUUUAUUGCACAAUUUUAAACUACAAAUAUUCUUUGUACAGCGUCACCAGCUCUGCUUCAUGCAUCAGUGUCAUUAAAGUUGUAGUUUGGGUUUUCUAUUGCAA